AUGGCCCCACGACUCAGGGCAUCAGCGGCGCUGCCGGUGGGCAUUCUGUUCCUCAGAAGUUCGAUUGCAAGCGAGAGCGAGUUCUGGCCAAGCCGGAUU